GACGUGGCUGGUGCUGCCCCCCAUUGCCCAGGUAAGAGAGACACAACUGUGUAUUUUUUAACAACAACCCAUUCAUAUUUGUAUGACAGUUCUUAAAUUGUUCACGCUUUUUAUUUGUAACGUAUUAUUUUGAUAUCACGUUUUUCCAAAUAAAUUUUGAAUGUUCAAUCAACUGCUGAUCAAUUCUGGUUUACUAAAUGCUACAGCAAUGACCUUUCGUACACUGAUUAAAGUCUUCUUUUAUAUUAAAAAAUGGGUUGGGGUGGCUUUUAAUUUAUAAAAAUUUUGAAUUUCUUCCAUUUACUUUGUAUGUGAACUUAAUUAUAAGUACAGUAUUUGGAGUUCCAAAAAAAGAGGGAAAGCAAAAAUGGUUGCACAUCAUUCUUUAAAUUUGUAUAAAAUCAGUGGAACCGAGCGUAAAAAAUAAAUCUGCAUUUUCCAUCUUUGUUUCUCAAUUCAUUCAAAUAAAAUAUUUACAUUUGUAUUUAAAGAUUUAUUUUUUAUUGGGGGGAAAAGGGGGGGGGGUCUAAUAAAUGAAUUUUUUUGGUCAAUUAAAUGACAUUUUGUUUCGAGUAAACGCCAUUCUGUUUUGCCCACAGCUAGUCAUCACCCCUCUGUACUGGCUUGUCCAGGGCACAGUGUUUACUGGAAUUUUUUUCUUGGGCCAUGACGCUGGCCACGGGUCAUUCUCUAAGCACGAGAUUGUCAACACCAUCUUCGGCAACAUUUGCCACAACUUUGUCAUCUGCCCCUACUACCAGUGGAAGGUGAGCACUUCUCCAGAAGUACAGCCGUCGGUACAAUUAUAAAUACAAACGUGGUCUAAUGAUUACAGGUUGAAAGAAGCUGAAAUUUGACUAAAUACAAGAAAACAUUACAAGGAACGAUUUUUUGUGUCUAAUUCCUUUGAAGAACACAAACAGCUAGACACUCGCGUUGCUUGCUGUGUAAUAUAGUGAUAGCGAGAAGAUCUCAGGCACUUUCACUUCCUGUAUCUACAAAAGAGCAGCGACUGUUUCAGAACAGGCACAUGGAGCUUUAUAUAAUAAAAUGGAUAACAUGGGAGGGACCGUGCUCAACCCGUGUGAGGUAAAUAAAUAGUGGAACGAGAUAUGUCUAGGCUUAGAAAUAAAAGAAAGGACAGGCAAGCAGACGUUUCGGCGAGAUGCCUUCUUCAGCAGAUGAUUACACAAACAAGAAACAUACAUUUCGGUAGGAUUCCUUCUUCAGCAGACAAAACACAAACAAGAAACAGACGUUUCGGCCAGAUGCCUUCUUCAGCAGAAAUACUUAAACAAGAAACAGACGCUUCGGCCAGAUGCCUUCUUCAUCAGACAAUACAAAAACAAGAAACAUGCUUUUCGGCUAGACGCCUACUUCAGCAGACAAUACACAAACAAGAAACUGAAGAUACUUUGAAUUUAACUUUAAAACUUAUGAGCUCGAAAAUCUCAACAAAGUUCAAUGUAGCUCAAGAUGAUAGGCAUUUUUACAGGACGUAAAUACUUACUGUCAAGCAGAAGUCAUAAAUUUCUGUUGCAUAUAUGUUAUAAAGUAACCUUACUUCAGAUUUAUAAUAAAAAAGACACCACUCUUUUGCCAUGUACAACAGCUGUUGUCGUUCCGAACUAUCACAAAAUCACCGAAAACAACUAAAUCAUUUUUCGUCUUCCUCCCCUUAGUCCAGUGGUUCCCAAAGUUUUAAGUUUGGCGGACCGGUGAACAAGUUUCGAAACUUUACCAGGGACCGGUGCAUGAUUUAUUUUUUACUUUUAUUUCUAUUAGACAAUAAAUAUUUAUGUUAUGGGGACCGGUGAAGGUCCACAGGACCGCCAUUUGGGGACCAAUGCGUCAACUUCCACACAGCUACACACAGUUUCAUAAGCAUCGCAUUCACCUUAAUAUAAUAUACUCACCAGACACGAAUUUUUCCAUUUAACAAAUAAUAAAAUGCGCAUGAUUGUACAUGAAUGAUAAGCUUAACUUUUACCCUUAUGAUAAACUGAACUUGUACAUGAAUGAUAAGCUUAACUUUUACCCUUAUGAUAAACUGAACUUGUACAUACAUUAUAAGCUUAACUUGUGCUUCAAUGAUAAACUUGUAUAUUUCAGAUAACGCACAGGAACCACCACAAGCACACAGGCAACAUGGACAAAGACGAGGUGUUCUAUCCCGUCUGGAAGAAGGAGCUGACCCCAGG